UAUCGUCAUUGGUCGUGCUUGUACCACGUGAACGGCCUAUGUUGGAGGUUCACAAAGUCGACUAAAUAUCCACGAUGGUACAGUCAGCUGCCUAAGGUCCGGUUGGCCAGUCGCAGCCAGCAAGUUUUCUCCACAAGGUAGACGCGCGCAACACCAAGACACCACCAUGGCGGACGAUGAGAGAAAGCGCAUCGAGGAUGAAAAGAAGAGGAAACAGGCGGAGACCGAGAGGAAAAGGGCGGAGGUCCGCGCCCGUCUCGAAGAGGCUUCCAAAGCCAAGAAGGCGAAGAAGGGUUUUAUGACCCCCGACAGGAAGAAGAAGCUUAGGUUGCUGUUGCGUAAGAAAGCCGCCGAGGAAUUAAAGAAGGAACAGGAAAGAAAAGCGGCCGAAAGGAGGCGCAUAAUCGAGGAACGCUGCGGAAAGCCGAAGAUCGUCGACGAAGCCAACGAAGUGGAGUUGAAGAAGAUUUGCCAAAUGUAUUACGACCGCGUCUACCUUUGUGAGGGUCAGAAGUGGGAUUUGGAGCGUGAAGUUCGGAAAAGGGACUACGAGAUCGCAGACUUGAACAGCCAGGUCAACGAUCUUCGAGGUAAAUUCAUGAAACCGACCCUGAAGAAAGUAUCUAAAUACGAGAACAAGUUUGCUAAGCUCCAAAAGAAAGCCGCCGAGUUCAAUUUCCGUAAUCAGCUUAAACAAGUCAAGAAGAAGGAAUUCACCUUGGAGGAGGAGGAUAAGGAGCCCAAGAAAUCCGAGAAGGCAGAGUGGCAGACCAAGAAGUAGAUUUAAAAUGAAAAAAGAAAACAGUUUGAGUGCGAAAUCUCAAUAAAAUACAAACAUUACUAUUACGACGCAACAACAACAAAAAAAAAAUCAAAAACAAAUAGGAAAGCCAAGAAACUUCUAUACACGAGCGUACAUACACAUUUGAAGGAACACUUGACACGAUCACAUUUAUAUGUAUAAUCGAUUUAGUAAUCGCACGCGUGAAAAUGUAUCGUGAAAAAACGUAUGGGAAAAAAGAAGAAAAUGAAAAAGAAAAUAAAUGCGUAAACGCGUAGAACAUUUUUGAUACUGUUUCCAUCGACGUCUCGCGUGUUCGCCAGCGCGUUUUCGCCGUCGCGUCUCAUUCGAAUUGUUGUCAAACUAGUUCGUUAGCACUGUGUGUACGGAAAACAAAUUAACAAGUGAGAAUUGAAAAUUGUACGAACAAUUCUAGAAGUUAGCCGACAUUUGAUUACAUCCCUCUUUUGCGCGGAGUAGACGAUCAAAACGAGCGAGACAUAGGGAGAAGCUGACUCUGCGUAAAUAUUCACGUACAACUGUUAUAUACAAUAUAAAAGCGAUAAGUUGUGGCAAUAAAUCGAUCGAAAAAAACUCA